GGAGACGCCGGCGACGCCGGAGCGCGGCGGCGGCGGCUUGUCCCGCUCUAUGCUGGCUGCCACCGGGCUGGGGCUGCUGCUGGCCGUGUCCCUCUUCCACCUGGGCCGGCCGCGCGCGGAGGAAGAGGCGCCCGGAGGACAGCAGUGCUUGGCCUUGCUCCUGCUCCGGCUCCUCUUCUACUUGGGCUGCGCCGCCGGCUCCUUCUUCCUCGGCACCCUCCUGGCCCUCCUCGGCCGCAGGCGAGGCAGCCUCUGGCCCCCGCCCCCGCCGGAUUCCCCAGCCGCUUGGAGCCGCCGCUUUCCGGGGAAGGACAAGGCCGACCCACUGCUGCAAGCUGCCGCGAAUCUUUUAUCUGGAAGUGCACAUGAAUCUGUCCAGUCUAGAAGAGUUGUAAUUUCUCACAACAUGGAUAAAGCUUUGAAAGAAGUAUUUGACUACACCUACAGAGAUUACAUUUUGUCCUGGUAUGGACACCUCAGCCGAGAUGAGGGACAGCUGUACCACCUGCUCUCUGAAGACUUCUGGGACGUUGCCAAGCAGCUGCGACAUAGGCUCAGUAACAUUGAUGUAGUUAAAGUUGUCUGCCACGAUGUAGUGAAAGCUUUGCUCACCCACUUCUGUGACCUUAAAGUGGCCAGCUCCAGAUUGGAAGAGCAGCCACGGCCAUUUUUCCUGCACCCGUGUUUGAAGGAUACUAAUGAAGAAGUACGAUUCCUGAAAGCAUGUUCUCAGAUUCUGGUGUGUUGUCUUUUACCCUCGAAGGAUGUCCAGUCCCUCAGCUUGCGUAUAGUCCUUGCAGAAAUACUUGCGUCAAAAGUGCUGAAGCCUGUGGUAGAGUUACUGAGUGAUCCUGACUACAUCAAUCAAAUGCUGCUGACUCAAAUGGAGUACAGAGAACAGGUGAAUGAACAUCACAAGAGGGCCUACACAUAUGCCCCUUCUUAUGAGGAGUUCAUCAAGCUCAUUAACAGCAACUCUGAUGUCGAGUUCCUCAAGCAACUAAGGUAUCAGAUUGUAGUAGAAAUAGUUCAAGCAACCACUAUCAGUAGCUUUCCACAAAUGAAAAGGCAGAAAGAAAGCAAAGGUAAAGAAACUGCUGCAAUGAAAGCGGACCAUCUGAGGGCCCGAAACAUGAAGAGGUAUAUUAAUCAGCUAACUGUAGCAAAAAAGCAGUGUGAAAAGCGAAUCAGACUUCUGGGAGGUCCUGCUUAUGACCAGCAAGAAGAUGGCAUCUUUGAAGAUGGUGAUGGUCCUCAGAGCCAGAAGAUUCUUCAAUUUGAGGAUAUUUUGUGUAAUCCAUCCUAUAGAGAGCACUUUCGAAUUUAUAUGGAAAGAAUGGAUAAGAGGGCUCUGAUCAGCCUCUGGGAAUCUAUAGAAUACUUGAAAAAUGCUAAUAAGGCAGAAAUACCUCAGCUUGUGAGUCAAAUCUAUCAAGAUUUCUUCGUAGAAAGCAGGGAAAUUCCUGUGGAAAAGUCACUUUACAAAGAGAUACAGCAGAGCCUUGUGGGUAACAAGGGCAUCGAAGUGUUUUACAAAAUUCAGACUGAUGUCUAUGAAACACUAAAGGACAGGUAUUACCCCUCAUUCAUUGUCAGUGAUUUAUAUGAGAGGUUGAUCAAGAAAGAAGAGGAGAGGAUUGCUAUCCAGAUAACAUCUGAUGAUAAAGAUGAAGUGAGUCAAAUUUGUGAUGACGUUCUUGAUGAAGGCAGCUCAGGAAUUAAUGAGCAGGCAAGUUAUGCUAUGAAUAAGCUACGCCAAUUAAACGACAAACUUGAAUAUAAAAGACAAGCUCUAUAUUCCCUCUGCAGUUCACCGAAACCUGACAGAAAGAUUGUUUCUAAGCUGAAGGAUGAAAUCACAUUGAUGGAGAGAGAACACAGUGACCUUCGGUUACACAUUGAAAGAACAGAUUGGUGGUGUGAAAAUUUUGGCAUGUGGAAAGCCUCCAUAAACACUAGUGAGGUCCUAGAAGAAAAUGGUGAACAAGUGCCCAGUUAUUAUGUUGUGGUGGGUUUACAAGAGAUUGGCCACACUGAAGCUAAAGAAUGGAUGGUCCACCGGAAGCUCAGUGAAUUUCAAAGCCUGCAUCGGAAACUCAGUGAGUGUUUCCCAUCAUUAAAGAAAGCUCAGUUGCCUUCACUCAGCAAGCUGCCCUUUAAAUCUGUAGACCAGAAAUUCAUGGAGAAGUCCAAGAACCAGUUAAAUAACUUUUUACAAAAAUUGCUUUCUGAUGAAAGGCUUUGUCAAAGCGAAGCACUUUAUGCCUUUUUGAGCCCUUCCCCUGAACACCUCAAAGUUAUUGACAUACAGGGAAAGAAAUCUUCUUUUUCAAUCUCUUCUUUUUUGGAGAGGCUUCCUGGAGAUUUCUUUUCUCAUCAGGAGGAGGAGACCGAAGAUGAUGAUGAUCUCUCUGACGAUGGGGAAGAUAUGGAUGGGAAAAGGGAUGCCCUUGCCGAGCCUUGCUUUAUGCUGAUAGGGGAAAUUUUUGAGCUGCGAGGAAUGUUUAAGUGGGUCAGGAAGACACUAAUUGCACUAGUUCAAGUUACUUUUGGAAGAACCAUCAACAAGCAAAUUCGUGACACUGUUAAUUGGAUCUUCAGUGAACCAAUGCUUGUAUACUAUAUUAAUGUAUUCCGAGAUGCUUUUUGGCCAAAUGGGAAACUGGCAUCCGGCACAAAGCCCAGAAGUGAAGAACAAGGCCUGGAGACGAAACAGAAAGCACAGCAAAAAUUACUUGAAAACAUUCCAGACACUCUACAGAGUCUUGUUGGACAGCAGAAUGCUCGCCAUGGUGUAAUCAAAGUAUUCAAUGCACUUCAAGAAACCAAGGCCAAUAAGCAUCUUCUCUAUGUAUUAUUGGAAUUGCUGCUAAUUGAACUGUGUCCUGAGUUAAGAACUCAUCUAGAGCAGCUUAAGGCUGUUCCAGUUUGAUUCUGCAGAAGUGAAAUACUCAAGAAAUGUCUGUGUUUUGUUCUGUUUUUUAAUCAUAGACAUGAAACUUAUUUCCCUCUUUUUCACAGAGGGCUGAUUGAAGACUGCUGAGGAUUUAUAGGGUUUUUUUUUUCCUUUUGAGUUUUAUGUGAAGUAAACAAGACUUGAAAAGAACUGGUGACGAUAGUAGGGUAGAACGGCCAGUACUGUGUAGUUUCUGGCUUUUAUUUAACUUGUUACAUGAAUAUAAUUCUAUCAGAGAUGCAGACUGAAAUAUAAAUGUUAAUAUAAGAACUAUAAAACUAUUUUAAACAUUUAUGAAAGGCAUUUUGCUUUAGUGGUUUACCAAUGGAUGUUGUACAGUUAAUUUCCUGCUGAGGAAAAUGAACAUUCCUCUAUUUUCUUGUGCAUUGAAGAGCCUUGUUGUGCAAUACUCUAUGUAAAGAUAUUGUGUAAAUUUUAUUGUUUUUAUUUUUACCAAAGAUUUCCCAUAGUUUUGAGCCUUUGUAAGCAAUAAAUUACAAAA